AUGGUGAAUGUGCAGAAGCAACGACAACGGCAAGCAGAUGCCAAGGCUUGGAACUGCCGCUGUUGCUGGAAUGACCGCACACUGGAGCGCUGGCGGAAUGGGGCAAGCUUCUCAGCUCGUAAGCUCUGCAAGCGUUCAAAGAGCAACCGCUUCCACUCGGUCGGGGGCAGUGGAGGUGCAUCCUCCGUUUCGGUCGGAGUCAACGCUGAGUCGGAAGAGCUCAAGCAGGCCAACGCCAAGCUCCAGCGUGUCAAGAAGGAGCUGGCAGAGGCCCAGAAGCUGGCAGCGGCCCGGGCGCAGGCCCCGGUGGCGCCUGCCAUGGACGUCGAUGCUGGAGACGGUGGCGAGAAGGACGCAGCCCGCCUCGAGGAGCUUCGAGAGCAGAUCGACACCCUCGAGGAGCUGCCUGACAGCAGCGGGGCUGUGGGAGCCCUGCGGUUACAGGCCAAACCGCGCCCCAUCCAGAUGCAGCGCGUCUCGCAGCAGAUCUUGGCUGCGGACACGCGGGAAGAACUCAAGGAAAAGCAGUUGGAGGCGGCUGACCAGCAGCUCAUCGAGCUCCAGACGAAGCACCAGGAG